AUGGCGAAUCAUCAUCAUCAACCAGCCUCUCCUGGAGGUGUUCAUCUGCAUCAUGGAUUACACGCCGGACAUCCUCAAGUCAACGGCCAUUUGCCAAUGCAACAACCAUCACACGCCAAGAUUACACAAGCGCAUCUCUAUGCCCAGAGUGAGAACAUUUGGUUGGGAAUAGGCAGUACCUGUGAGCUUCAAGGGGACUCCGAUGGCGCGCUUUUCGCCUACGAGCAGGCUCUACGCCACAACUACCAAUCCAUACAGGCCCUCAAUGCAAUCUCAUGUAUCCUCAGGACCAAGGAAAAUUUCCCGAGGGCCGUAGAAUACCUACAAACCAUACUGAAACUCGAUCAGAGUAAUGGUGAAGUCUGGGGCAGCCUGGGCCACUGCUUCCUCAUGAUGGAGGAUCUCCAGCAAGCUUAUGCAGCGUAUCAGCAGGCUCUGUACCACCUCCGAGACCCUAAAGAACCAAAACUGUGGUACGGUAUUGGCAUUUUAUACGAUCGUUAUGGCUCCCUUGAGCAUGCCGAAGAGGCCUUUUCCCAGGUCAUGACUAUGCAGCCAGACUUCGAGAAAGCAAACGAGAUCUACUUCCGUCUUGGGAUAAUAUACAAACAGCAACAAAAGUACGAUCAAAGCUUAGAGUGCUUCAAGUAUAUCGUCCAGAAUCCCCCUAGGCCACUGACCGAGGAGGAUAUUUGGUUUCAGAUUGGUCACGUCCAUGAACAGCGCAAAGACUAUGAUUCCGCCAAAGCAGCGUAUCGCCGGGUUCUUGAUAGGGAUCCCAAUCACGCCAAGGUCUUACAACAGCUUGGAUGGUUGCACCACCAGGAAAGCCCGCUAUUCAACAGCCAGGAGCAAGCAAUCGAGUAUUUGGAGAAAUCUGUGAGCUCUGACAACACGGAUGCGCAAAGCUGGUAUCUUCUCGGAAGAUGCUACAUGUCCCAGCAGAAAUAUUCGAAGGCGUACGAAGCCUACCAGCAAGCGGUUUAUCGAGAUGGCCGUAAUCCCACCUUCUGGUGCUCCAUUGGCGUGCUUUAUUAUCAAAUCAAUCAGUACCGAGAUGCCCUCGAUGCGUAUUCCCGAGCGAUUCGUUUGAAUCCGUACAUCUCGGAAGUUUGGUAUGACCUUGGGACUUUGUACGAGUCAUGUAACAAUCAGACUGCUGAUGCACUUGACGCAUACCAAAGAGCCUUCGACCUCGACCCGAGUAAUAUGUAUAUCAAAGCUCGCUUGCAGCUUCUACGUAACAAUGGUCAAUCUACCGGGAUGCCUAAUCAGCAAAAUGCCCCAGUACCUCAAGACGUGCAUCCUCAGCAAUACCAGAACCCCGGCGUUGGGGCUCCUCCGGGCCCACAGUGGGGUGUUCCGACAGGCCCCCCUUCAGUGCUUCAUGGACCCAGUCCAGCGCAAAAUGGCACGGCACCCGAUUGGAGUCGACGUUUGGCAGACAUCCCCAAUCCUCAGCCUCAGCCUCAGCCUCAGCCUCAGACCCAACCCUCCAGUAUGUACGAUCAGCGCGAGCCUGUGAGACCGCCACCGUCGCAAAGGCAAGGAAGCCCGCGUCAGGAUCAGAUUAGGCAAUACCAAGAGCAACACCGACAUACCCCAAUACGACGAGCUUCACCACCACCAAAUUUGAAUCAUAAUGGAACGCUCCCGUUCUCGGCUCCCCAAUCGUUACCGCAGCCUCAACUACCUGUGUCUGGACCAACGACCGCUAACCGGAUUCCCAAUCCAAAUUAUGGAGCUCCAGACCCUAGCUUGAGACUUGCCACGGGCGGCAGUCAGCUACCUCCAGGCCCUAGAGCUCCCUACGGGCGUGGAGAUAGUCCUCCACCUGAGAUAAGACCGAUUGCAGAAGCAAGAGUGUCCCCCCCAGGCCCCAACUACCCGCCGCAGCAGCAUUAUCAACAACAUCACCCCAACACUUCUCAAUCGGUAGGUAUCGCUGCCGGUGCGCCGCCACCAAUGGCGGCGCUCGCUGCUGCUGAAGCUGCUGCUCGUGAGAGAGAUGACCGACCAUCUACUGGGUUCAAGCGAAGCCAUGAGUCUGAUGAUGAGUACAAAGUCGCAAACAAGCACCACGCAAACGGCGAGAGCCGAAACAGGUUAGAAGACCACCGUCACCGUAGAGCAUCGCCGCCAGACAGGAAGUCUUCUCCUCGGCCGAGACCAGGGUCUCCACGGGGGAGACCACAGUCUCCUCCCUAUCCCAGGCCGGCAUCUCCUCUACUCAGACACAGUCGGAGCUCUUCCACAGCUAGACGUGAGGAGCAGAGAAGGGCCGACGAAACCUAUCAUCCGUCUGAAGCCGCUCAUCAUCCACCAACGCUGCCUUCAAUGCAUCAGCCAACGGCGAAUGAGCCUCCUCAAACGCCUAUCUCUGAUGCUGGCCGCGAAGAGCGUCGAGAGGCAUACGAAGCAGCAGCGAGGAAGGUGGAGGUUGAUGAAGAUUAUGAUGACGAGGGUGAGGAAGAGAAACGGAAAGAGGGAUCAGGCGGAGGCAACAGUCCGCAACACAACAAUAUGAACGGUCAGCCAAAAGUCGAGGCGCAGAAGUGA